AGCUGCGAGUGGUGAUGGUGGAAUGAUUAAAACACAGAAAAACUAACAAAUUAGGGAACUGUUUUCUGUUGGUUGGAUAUAUAACUAGACCUGUCGACGGAACAUCAACAACAAUGUCUGCUCAAGCUCAAAUGAGAGCGUUGCUUGACCAGCUGAUGGGAACAGCAAGGGAUGGUUCAGUGUAUCAUUGCCAGCCUACAUCAAUCUGCAAAGGAGUUGCAGAAAAGCCUCAUGUUCAUCGAGCCGUGAGUCACACAUAAUUUUUAAAGCUGUUAUGAUUAAUAUCCAAACAAUUUGUUUGCCUUCCGGAAGCUAUUGUAGAUUUUGAAUCUUACAAAUACACAAGUUGAUAAAUCUCUCCAUUGGCACUAGAAUCAUCACUUGGGUAGUGUUACACAUCUUGUGCUAAGACGCCCAGUCGCGCUUUGUCCACACUAGCAGUUCUUCAUUUACUACACGCAUUACACGUCUGUUUAGCAGGCCACACAGAAGAAGGAAAAACAAAAGAACAAAACCUUUGAAAACAUUUACAAUUUGACCUGUGUAUGACUCCCAACUUCUUACUACAGGUAUGGGCAAGAAAACUGUUCCCAUUUAUACUUUUCUACAGCGGGUUUAAAAUUCUGCAGCUGAGGUCUUGAAGAUGCAAAAGGGUACAGUAUGUGGUGCGGAUCGCAGUGUGUAUAAACACAUUUUCUUCCCUUGGAUUUCUUUUGCAUUUGCUUAAAAUGUCUGUUCUGUGUUUAUUUAUAAAGGACUUGGUUGUUUAUUUAUAAAGGGCUUGGUUGGAACGUUUAUGCACUAGUCACACAUUUCUAUUAAUAGUUGUAAAAACCAUCAUUCAUGCAUAGUCGGUGUCAGAGUAGUGGAAGUCAACCCAGACAAGAGGUUGACCGGUUAGCUCUCAUGUUUUUGGUAUUUUACCUUGAAAGUGGACAUUGAUCCUCAGUACGGGUUAGUCUAAUCCUAGGCUCUCGGUGUUUGAGGCUUGGGUAAGGUAAGCACCAGGAAUAAGCACAAGUACCGUCCCGAACGUUUCACAUGAGCAUAGACAUUUAAACAGCUGAGAAACCUAAAAAUAAAGAACUGUAACAAGAACAGAUGAGUCAGUUAUCAGUAAGAAGCACACUUGUCUUUAAGUCCUGUUAGGAAGACACAUUUGCCAAAUGAGUUACAGUUACAAUAGUUUGUGUUAAAGCUCUGAUACGUCGACCUUCUUGUCAAACGAGAUGUUUUUCUCACUGUUGUUUUCUUGGACUUUUGCAGGAGAUGAGACGCGUCAGAGGGUCAAGUUCACAGAUGAUCGAGUCUGUAAAAGUCACCUCCUCAACUGCUGUCCACACGAUAUCCUGUCUGGAACCCGUAUGGACCUGGGGGACUGCACAAAGAUCCACGACCUGGCACUUCGGGCGGACUAUGAGAUUGCCUCAAAGGAGAGGGAUCUUUUCUUUGAACUUGAUGCGGUGGAUCACCUGGAGUCGUUCAUUGCCGACUGUGAUCGAAGGACUGAACUAGCCAAGAAGCGUCUGGCUGAGACCCAAGAAGAGAUCAGUGCUGAAGUGGCUGCAAAGGCAGAGAAGGUGCAUGAGCUGAACGAGGAGAUCGGGAAACUUCUGGCCAAGGCUGAGCAGCUUGGAGCUGAAGGAAACGUGGACGAAGCUCAGAAAGUGUUGCAGGAGGUGGAGAAAGUGCGUAGCAGGAAAAAGGACGCAGAGGAAGAAUAUAGAAACUCUAUGCCAGCCUCCAGCUUUCAGCAACAGAAACUUCGGGUGUGUGAAGUUUGCUCUGCGUACUUGGGUCUUCAUGACAAUGAUCGUCGUUUAGCUGAUCAUUUUGGUGGGAAGCUUCACUUGGGAUUCAUUCAGAUCAGAGAGAAACUGGACCAGCUAAAGAAAACUGUGGUUGAGAAGCAAGAGAAGAGGAACCAGGACCGCUUAAAGAGAAGGGAAGAGAGGGAGAAAGAAGAAAGGAUGAAAAGAAGGACCAGGUCAAGGAGCAGAGAGCACAGAAGAUCGCGUUCCCGUGACCGCAGGCGGAGGCGCUCGCACUCAACAUCACGAGACCGACGGCGUUCUCGCUCGCGCUCCAGGGAGCGAAGGAGGCGGCACCGCAGCCGAUCCCGCUCACGCAGCAGAGGACAUCGUCACAGCCACGAGCCGAGCUCAAGACACAAGUCGUCCAGGGACCGAGAACGCUCAUCUCGAGACAAGUCACGAGACCGAGACAGGAGAGUUGGGAUGAACGGCAGGGAAGCUGGCGACUUCUGAAGCCUAAAACCGCAUCAACGAUGAUUCACAGCACCCCCCAAACCCCCUCCUGUCUUUUACCUGUCCCAUUUUUAAUAACUUGAUGUUACAUGUAGUCGUUGCCUUUUCCUCUUCUCUUUGUUAAGGCAGAUCCCCUCUAUGCCUGAGCUGUAAUAUAAACCAUCUCUGUUAACAACCUUAAAGACUCUGACACAAACAGUCUGGUCUGAAACAAAAAUAACUUUUCUAGUUCAUCAACUGAUGGGUUUAAAAAUCUGUAAAUAUAUUUAGCUCACGCAGUUUAAAAGGCCUUCAAGUAGUUCUCUCUCCCUCUGCAGCUUCAUGUUGUCAUGGAAACGUCUUCAUGUUGUCAUGGAAACGUCUGUCCACAUAAAAGUCGAUUGUAAUUAGAUCUGAGGCCCACUAACGGCCUCAAAUUCAAACCACCAGAGCAUUUUAAAGUUGCUGUACUGAUGACUUCCCCAUCCAUGUUUUAACAAAUCUGGUUUUUAUUUUUAUUUCUUUGCUUUAGAAAGUUAAAGUUGUGUUUGGCCACUUUCAGUAAAGGCUCUGUUUUGAAUUGUAUUGGUGGCAAGUUCCUUGUUAAAGCUAGUUUGGAUCUUGAGUUAAUCUACAAUUUUAUUUAUCAUAAUGAACUUUAAUGGUGUCUUCAGAAUUAGUGAUGUGAAGCAGGUUUAGCAGUCAUGAGUUAACUGGUCCCACAGCUGCAGAACCGUUCAACUGAAGUCAAACCAGGCAAACCGGUCCCAUCACGGCUAGGACGAGAAUCUGGUUAGAGAUUUUUCUGAAUGCACUGCUUCCCCUGAUGUGUCGAGCCUUGUUUUUCUCCUGGAUUCUUUAAAUUUACAUUAAAAGAAAAAUCACA